GGUAGUGGCCACUGUGCGCGCACACUCGGCACCGCUUUUUUGCUCUUUCCCUCCCAUUCAAAAACCCAAAACCCUUACGCGGAGCCAAGAAGACGAAGACGAAGACGACGAAGGCGAAGGAGAAGGAGAUCGACGUAGCCAUGGCGAACGACGUGGAGAUGAGCGGGUGGUCGGGUCUCCUCAACUCCUCCACGAAGCUCCUCGAACAAGCCGCUCCCUCCGCCCAAUUCCCCCCUCUACAGAGGAGUUUGGAUCAGUUGGAGACGCUCUCCACCAAGCUCAAGACCAAAACCCUAAGGGCCGAAACACCCUCGCAAUCCAUCUCCGCCACUAGGUUGCUUGCAAGGGAAGGUAUUAAUGCGGAGCAGCUUGCUAGGGAUCUCAAAUCUUUUGAAUUGAAGACAACUUUUGAAGAUGUCUUUCCUUCGGAGGCAACAACUGUUGAGGAGUAUCUGCAACAGGUUCACGAGAUGGCUAUGAUCUCUGCUAUUCAAGAAGCUCAGAAAGACAACUUGCGAAGCUUUAAUGAUUACAUGAUGAAAGUGCUGGAGGAUGACUGGCAGAAAGAGAAGAGGGACUUUUUGCAGAGUUUAAGCCGGAUUUCUACAUUACCCAGGAAAAAUAGUAGUCUCUUGUCUAGCGGGCUUUCUCGCAUUGGUCAAGUACCAUCUCCAAUUUCCAGUCCUCAAGUUUCUACUGGCCCAUCUGUUAUGGAGAUUGUGCCCGCUGGUAACAAAUCUAUAAUUGAAAAGAAGACUUCAGUUUAUGCUGAGAUCGUAAAAAAUCUAAAUGAUGCUAGAGGGCGUGGGCUUCCAUUCAAACCUGCGACAGCUUUUAGGUCUGCUUACGAAAGCUUGAGCAUUGAUGCUGCUGGUGGAAGGUCUGUUACAAUGCAGAAAAUCUGGCACUUGAUUCAAACAUUGGUUGGUGAGGAUUCUAAUCAGAGAAACGUUUCAAGAAAAAUGUCGUUGGUGAUAGGGGCUAGACGUCACCUUGAGUGGGGCCAUGAAAAGUAUCUUCUAGAAACCAUUCAGAGCCAUCCAGCACAGGCUGCUCUCGGUGGGGCUGUUGGCAAUCUGCAAAAAGUUCGGGCAUUUCUUCGGGUCCGUCUACGGGAUUAUGGUGUUUUAGAUUUUGAUGCGACUGAUGUGCGUAGGCAGCCUCCUGUUGACACAACUUGGCAACAGAUCUAUUUCUGCUUAAGAACUGGAUAUUAUGAUGAGGCAAGAAGUGUUGCUCAAUCAUCUCACGUUGCACAGCACUUCGCCCCUCAGCUCGCAGAGUGGAUCUCGACCGGCGGUGCCGUCUCACCAGAGAUCGCUAUUUCCGCUUCAGAAGAAUGCGAGAAAAUGUUGAGAAUGGGCGAUCGAGCAGGUCGACCUGGUUAUGACAGGAAGAGGUUACUUCUUUAUGCUAUUAUUUCUGGUUGCCGCCGUCAAAUUGAUAGAUUACUUAGAGAUGUACCGGGACUCUUUACCACCAUAGAGGAUUUCUUGUGGUUCAAAUUGUCGGCAGUGCGCGACUGCCCAGCUGAUUCCUCUUCCGUCGUUCUCAGUGAAGGCUUGGUGCCAUACACUCUAGAUGAUCUCCAAAGCUACUUAAAUAAAUAUGAACCAUCAUAUUAUACGAAAAAUGGGAAGGAUCCCCUUGUUUAUCCCUAUGUGUUACUUUUGAGCAUUCAGUUACUUCCAGCAAUUCUCUACUUGUCUAAGGAAGUUGGAGAGGAAGGAUACAACAUCGAUGCUGUACAUAUUUCUAUUGUUUUAGCUGACCAUGGGGUCCUUUUGGAAGGUUCUGGAACUGGCCAGAAGAUGGGUAUUAUGGAUGCUUGUGCAGAAGUUGCCAGCAUUAUAAGGCAGUAUGGUUCCGUUUUCUUGAGGCAUGGCAAUCUUGAACUGACAUUGGAAUAUUAUGCACAAGCAGCUGCUGCAAUGGGUGGAGGGGAGAUAUCGUGGAUUGGGCGAGGAAAUGCUGAUCAGCAAAGGCAGCGGAGUUUGAUGUUGAGACAACUGUUGACCGAGAUAUUACUAAGGGAUGGUGGUAUUCCUCUUUUGCUUGGUCCAAGAGGUACGGGAGAUGAAGGGGAACUUAGAAAGUAUAUGAUGGAUUGGAGAAGUCGUGAGCAGUUCUUACUUGAAGCUGCCCAUCAAUGCCAAGAAGCCGGUCUCUACGAAAAGUCCAUAGAGAUAUAUAAAAGAGUUGGAGCUUUCGCAACGGCCUUAGAGACGAUAAACAAGUGUCUUUCCGAUGCAAUAUGUGCCAUGUCGCGUGGUAGGUUAGAUGGUGACAGCCGUGCUGCUGCUCUAAUUUAUUCUGGCAAUGAUGUUCUGGAGACAUUCAAAUAUUCUUCCGAAGCCAGGCUUCAAGACAAGGAACUUAUUUCUGAACAGCAAACAGUAUUAAGGCAGCUCGAAGCUAUUCUAUUUGUCCAUAAGCUAGCUAGAGCAGGCCAAUAUGUGGAUGCUCUGAGGGAAAUCACAAAGCUCUCCUUCCUUCCAUU